CAUGAGUUUCCACAAGGAGGACGGAGUGAGCAGCCUGUGCCAGAAGGCGCUGCACAUCGUCACCGAGCUGUGCUUCGCGGGCCAGGUGGAGUGGGAGAAGUGCUCGGGCAUCUUCCCCCGGGACAGGGGCAGCCAGGGCGGAAGCAGCACAGAUAUUUCGGUCAGCUUGUUAGCGGUGGUUGUCAGCUUCUGUGGCCUGGCCUUGUUGGUUGUCUCACUUUUUGUCUUCUGGAAGUUGUGCUGGCCUUGUUGGAAAAGCAAACCUGUGACUUCCAACGUCAGUACCCUUCCACAGAGCAUUUCAAGUGCUCCUACUGAAGUCUUUGAGACCGAAGAGAAAAAAGAAGUUAAAGAAAAUGAAAAGCCAGCUCUAAAAGCUGUUGAGCCUGCUAUAAAAAUCAGCCACACUUCCCCUGAUAUCCCAGCAGAAGUCCAAAAUGCUUUAAAAGAACAUUUAAUUAAACAUGCACGUGUGCAAAGACAAAUUACUGAACCUACAUCCUCAUCCCGCCACAAUUCCUUCAGGAGACACCUACCAAGGCAAAUGCAGGUUUCCAGUGUUGAUUUUAGCAUGGGCACAGAACCAGUUUUACAAAGAGGAGAAACAACAACCAGCAUUGGGAGGAUAAAACCAGAGCUCUACAAACAGAAAUCCGUUGACUCUGAGGGCAACAGGGAAGAAGAUGUCAAAACCUGUGGGAAACUUAACUUCACCCUCCAGUAUGACUAUGAAAAUGAACUUCUGAUUGUUAAAAUUAUCAAAGCCUUAGAUCUCCCUGCUAAAGACUUCACAGGCACUUCUGACCCUUAUGUGAAGAUGUAUCUUCUUCCAGAUAGGAAAAAGAAAUUUCAGACCCGUGUGCACAGAAAGACUUUAAAUCCUCUAUUUGAUGAAACUUUUCAGUUUCCUGUAGCAUAUGAUCAACUAAGCAACCGAAAACUACAUUUCAGUGUAUAUGAUUUUGACAGAUUUUCUAGACAUGACAUGAUUGGGGAAGUGAUUCUUGAUAAUUUGUUUGAAGUCUCUGAUCUCUCCAGGGAAGCCACAGUGUGGAAAGAUAUUCAUUGUGCUACCACAGAAAGUAUAGAUCUUGGUGAAAUCAUGUUCUCCCUUUGUUAUUUGCCAACUGCUGGACGUAUGACAUUGACAGUCAUCAAGUGCAGAAAUCUGAAGGCUAUGGAUAUCACUGGGUCAUCAGAUCCUUAUGUCAAAGUGUCUCUGAUGUGUGAAGGUCGGAGAUUAAAAAAGAGGAAAACAACGACGAAGAAAAACACUCUAAACCCUGUGUACAAUGAGGCUAUUAUUUUCGAUAUCCCUCCAGAGAAUGUGGACCAGGUCAGCCUCUCCAUUGCAGUCAUGGAUUAUGAUAGGGUAGGACACAAUGAGGUCAUAGGAGUGUGUAGAACAGGACUGGACGCUGAGGGUCUUGGGCGAGACCACUGGAAUGAAAUGCUGGCCUAUCACCGAAAACCAAUAACACAUUGGCACCCCUUGCUGGAGUUACCUGGCCGGGCAACCAGUUUUGAUAGUCAAGGAUCCUGUCCAUCUCCCAAACCACCUUCCACACCAUAAUGCCUCCAGAAUAAAGACCAUUUUAAUAAGGACCCAGGACCAUGUGCUCAUCAGAUCAGAAAAAGAGUGGAAGGUUUGAUUUCCUCAUUUAAAAUAUAUCCUGAUAAUGAACAAACUUGAUGUACAAUUUUUCAUUUGCUUUUUUUUUUUGUCCCUUCUUUAACUUUGGACAUCUUAAUAUGUUUUACUUGAAUACAAACAGUCCUUACUUUCAUAAGGCAUUUUAUUCUUCAUUUCAUAUACCUAUUAGCACAAAGGUGUUUUAAUAAGUUGCAAUUCUUUGCAUAAGAAAUACAUUCUUUUAAAAGAAUCCAUACUUAUCUAAAAUUAAAUAUAGUUUAUGCUGCUAUUGUAUAAAGUAGCACAUGUCACUUAUGUAUGGUUUUGAUUUUGUUACAAUGUUCAUCUCUAGUCGCACAGAUGGUUCCAUAUAGACUUUAAUGGAAAUUUUGAGCUUAAACAGCAUUAAAUCCUUAAACAAUCAAAUUAAUGUUACUUAUCUGAUCAUAUAUUCUUUCAUUCUCAGAAAAUUAGGUCCUUAGUGAGGUUUGGCUCUGCUAAACUCAAAAUUUUGUCUCUCAAGCUCAUUCUUUGAAGCAUACACGUAAAGCUGUAAUUUAAAGAACAAUUUUGAAUUAAACUUAAGGAGUAAUAUUUAGUAGCUGGAAAAUGGAGGUUGAGCCAUUUGGGCUACCAUUUUAUACUGUCUUAAUGUUACAGUGGUUCAAACAUCUGUUGAACUGUUUAACUGAUAUUUUCAAAAUUCUAAUAAUCUUUAUCUCAAAUGUAGCGUUAGUAUUCCUAAGUCAAUAGAAUGAGAAGUCAUUUAUUUUUUAAGUGUUUGUAAAGUUCUCAAGUACUGUGACCUGUAUAUUUUAUGACAUAAAGGUAUUACACAGAUCCUGUAUUUCUGAUAGAACAUACUACACCAAAGGUACAAUAAAAUGUCUGUGCUUAUUGUCAAUUAGAUUGUACAUAGUAAUGGUGACUUUUAAACCCAAUCAGAAACUAAUCACUAGAAUUGGGUAUUUUCCUAAAGAAUGGAUGACUUAUUUUUCAGAAAAUUCUAUACAUAUACCAUAAAUAACAUAACUUCCACAUUUAAUAGAAAUAAAAAUAAUUCUAAAGGCCCAGACCCACAAUCCUUUCAUGAAAGGUAUUUGCCUUCAUAAGGAUCAAGGAUCAGGCCAGGAGUUGUAAAAACUAUGCAAAUGUUUUUACAUGACAGAACUUUCUUUUAAAUCAGGUCAACUUUUUAUUGUCUCAUUUCUGGACCCUAUCUGAAGGUAUCCAUAUUGAAUGACCUCAACCGUAUUUUUGAGAUAUAUGCAAUGGAUAGUGCAUAUUUCAAAACUAUCUCAAGAUAGGAGGUUAAAAGAACAAAAAAGGCAAGAAAAAUCUGUAUUUAGAAUGUAAAAACACAUUAUCAGAAUGAGAAAAUUUUAUCAGUAGUUAUAAAAUUUUGAUUUUAGUAGAAUCCCUUAUUUCUACAUGUUAAAAAAAAAAUUUAAGCUGUGAAAUUUUGAUCAUGGCAUCUCUCAUCUGAUGGCAUUACUGUUAAUCAAGAUGUAAAUAUUUUACACAUUAACAUUUUAAAGGCAAACACAAUUCCCUAAAACUUUUCAAAAAUGCCUGUAUCUUCCUAACAAAAGAAAUUAUUUCUAGCUAAUAUUAGCUGAUAAAAAAUAACAGAAGGAACUUGUUUGAAAAUAAUUGUCUACCUUAUGAAGUUUAGAAGAACCAUUUGCUAUAGCAAUGACUAUAUACAGAAUGACUGAAGAUGAUCCUUCAAUUUUGGAAAUCUUUGUUUCACUAGGAAAUAAAAAUUGUCAAAUGGGAAGACAAGCGAUACUCAAUAAAAUAACAUUUUUGCUGACAGAUGUUUUAUUAGUAGAUAUAGCUGCAGCCUAUAACUAAUUAGCGACUGUAUUUCCUUAUAUCUCCUAUAAUAAUUAUUUUCAUCUGAAAACAUAUUUUAAAGGACUUUUUAUGCAUUCUUAGGAGCUCCUGCUUUUCUUUGCCUCCUAUGGAGAAAAAGCCAAUGCUUGUGAUGAAAACAACACAAACCAGCCAAACAGGAGACUUUACUAUGGGGAUUAUAGAUAAAAUCUGUUUUUAGGGUAGUUUUUAAAAACUGUUUCCUAGGGAUUAGAAUAAACCCAUCAUGCCAAGUAUUUGUUAAUCCUGUGAGACAGAUGAAAAGAAACUUUACCACAGCUCAUCUUUCAUGCAACGCAUGAGGGACGUUUACCCUCCUAUUCAUAAAGCGUGAUCAUUGAAAAUAAUACGUCUUGUUGCAAAAACAUAAUCCUACCACUUUCAACACAACACACCCUCAUUCUACACAGCCACACACCGAUUCAAACUGAUCCUCCUUCUGCUUGUAAUUGAAGAUGGAAUGUUUUGAAUUUCAGUAUUUAAAAUUAACAUUUUAAUGACAACGCUGACCCAUUAUGAAGUUGCAAUUUGGGUAUAUAAUGAACACCUAAUUUCAGGGACUUAUUCAGGGACUUGUCCAAUAUAAGUCUAGGAAAAGGGAGCAAGUGUUGAUUCAUUUUGUAACACUGAUCUUCUUUUUGGUUUUUAAUUUAAUUUAUUUUAUUUUAUUUACUUGUGUGUUUUACCUGAUUCUCUAAAUAAUCAGGGGAAUGAGGAAAUUGAAUAUGAAAGAACAUUAAUGUUUGUGGAGUCUACAGUCCUCUCACCAAAAUCUGAACGGACAAUGCUUUUUACACUAGUUUCUUAAUAUUUUUCAUGACAAUUUUAAUCUUCUUUGUAAGGCUAGCCCUGUUUCUGAUACUUUGUUUUACAUGUAAAAACUCAUGAUACGAAUGCAUUCACAGUUCAGUAAAAACUAUCAUUACGACUAUGUCAGGGAACCAGAGAUGGAACGCAGAGCCAAGCAUCCACUUUCUCAUGCAGUUUUGGCGAAUGUGCGUGUGUUCUAGUUACUGCAGGGAGAUCACAGUUGAUCAAAACUGACUCAGGUUUUAGAUAAAAGCAAAUAUAUUUGAACCUAUUUGGUUAUGAUACUUGUCAUUUCCACCUUGUUUAUUCUCCUAUAAUUUUCAUUAUUUUAAGAUUUUGCAGACUCAAUAAAGAACAAUCUCGUAAGACGUUACCUUAAUGAUGAGUUCCUUUAAAAAUGAAAAAAGCUAAACUUUCACUCCCUUCUCAACUUCUGCUGUCCAUAAAACAAAAUAUAACUUAUUUCAGAAUGGGUUAUCCAAAGAGCUGAAGGCUAUUGCAAACAAAGGGAUACAAAAUCUUAACUUUGAACACAUAGUCAUUUCUUUACCUCUUUAAGGAGCACUUGAUGUCAUCUAAGUGCAGUACGUAUAGUUUCAUGGAAUGGCAUUCCAUUUUUGCAACCUUAAUUGUGAUUAUUACCAGGUAACUUGACUACCUGAGAAUUAAGACAAAAAACAAAAUAGACUUGAUAAGGAUUUCAGGAAGUCAUUCAGCCUCCACUAAAUCUAAAGACAAUGUGGAGAUCUGUUUUAGUCACAACUUGUUCUUGCAGCAGCUCUGGUUAUCCUGAUGUACUUCAGUUGAUCUAAACUUUCAUAGAUUUUAGGCUAAGAAUUUAUUGCUGCCAAUAAGAGAUGAUGCAGAAGUAUGCAAAGUAAAGUAAUUUAAAGUUAAAAUCUACAUGGGGCACCUGGGUGGCUCAGUCAGUUAAGCAUCUGACUUCAGCUCAGGUCAUGAUCUCGUGGUUUGUGGGUUCAAGCCCCGUGUCGGGCUCUGUGCUGACAGCUCAGAGCCUGGUGCCUGCUUCGGAUUCUUUGUCUCCCUCUCUUUCUGCCCUUCUCCCACUCCUCUGUCUCUCAAAAAUAAAUAAAUGUUAAAAAAAAGUUUUAAGUUAAAAUCUAUGUAACUAAAUGGUAGUUAAACACAGAUGUUAAAGCACAUGGAAAUAAAGAUUUUGAAUGCAAAAUCAAAAUAUUCUUUGUACUUUUAACUUUUGGUGGAAUACAAAUCUUCUAAUACUGUCCAAAAAAAUUCAUGACACAGAAUUUUAAUAGUUCCUCAGUGACAUGGCUCAGGAUAUGAUUCAUCUGAACCUACUAAGACCCAUUCUUCAAAAGAAAAUAGUGAGUUUAUACUUUACAUAGGAAACAGAGCUGAUUAAACUAAAUUCUGUUUCCAAUGUAUUAGUGAUGCUCUUUAACGUAAGAAUUUUCUAUUUCAUUAAAAUGCUUUUCCUAUAUUAACUCAAUUUUAUGUUAAUUACAGUGAAUAAUAAUUUAAUAAAAGACGCAUUGAUAAUACUUGUCAUCCACCAUUAACAGUUAACCAAAAAGAUGUGUAUUUGAACAGUGGCAGUAAAGUAAUACUCAGCUCAAGUGUUUUCUCAUCAGAGUAAAAAGGUGUUUUUUUCAUUUUCACCCUGCUCAUCAUGAAGGUGGGUAACCAGGGUUUGAUUUGAUGGCAUGACAAUACCAUGGUAUAGAAACUUCAAAAAGAAAGAACUAAAUUAAGGACUGCAAUGAGGCUUAAGUUAUUGCAUGCAAACAUUUUGAAUACCAGAAAUGGUGUUUGAAAAAAUAAGUAGGUGUUUAAGAGAAAAGAUAGGCUUCUUUAUGCUUGAGAUGAUUUAAAUACCCUCCUACAAGGAGGAAUUGAUUAGAGUAAUUCUAUUUUUAUCUAUAUUGAAAUACUGGAAAUGACUAACUAUUGAUAGAUCUAUUGAUAGAUACAGAUGGCACUUGAUGUGGAAUUGUUUUCAUCUCCAACUGACAAUAAUUGCUUCUAAGCUCACCUGGGUAUAAGAACUCUCUCCGAAUAACAAACUAUGCCUGAUCUUAUGAAAGCGUAAAAAAAUAUGUCAUUUUCUUUAGCAAUUUUGUUGUGAUUUACAUCAACUGUGCACAGAAUCCCUAUUUACUGUACAGGGUGGUGGAUUUCAAUUAUUCAACUUCAUAUUUUUGUUCCCUCAAAAACAAUUUAAUGGAUAAUGAGGCAUAUUAUAAAAAUGAAUGAAAAAUUCUUAGAGAAGUAAGUCUCAAUGUUGGAAGGUUAAUACAGAUUUUUGUUUUUGUUAUAUAUUUCAAAAAUUUUUUUUUUAUUUUUUUUAUUUUCCCAGUCCAAACAUCAAUACAGAGUUUGGCUAUGAUUUUGCUAUAGAAUAAAAUUUGUGAACCAAAAACAACAGAACACUAUAAUCACUAAGGCUAGCUAAAGAAUCGUUCUUUAUAAAAAUUGAAUGAUUUAUUCUAUUUAUAUCUAUAUAGAUCAUUUUGUGGGUUUAUUCUUUUCCUUAAAAAGACAUUUUAAGCCUUCCACUUAUUUUUUUAGAUUUAUAUUCAAGUUAGUUAACAUACAGUGUAGUCUUAGCUUCAGGAGUAGAACCCAAUGGGGCACCUGGGUGGUUCAGUGGGUUAAGCAUCCAACUUUGGCUCAGGUCAUGAUCUCACAGUCUGGUCCGUGAGUUCAAGCCCUGCGUCAGGCUCUCUGCUGACAGCUCGGAGCCUGAAACCUGCUUUGGAUUUUGUGUCUCCCUCUCUCUCUACCCCUCCCUCCCCUUCUCUCUCUCCCAAAAAUAAAUAAACAUUAAAAAAAAAAGGUAUUUAAAAAAAGGAGUAAAACUCAGCAAUUCAUCUCUUACCUAACACCCAAUGCCCAUCCCGAAAAGUACCAUCCUUAAGGCCCGUUGCCCAUUUAACCCACCCUCCCCACCCACCCCUUAAGCUGCCCAUUUAAAAGACACAGGAAUCUCCAUUAGGAAUAGCUUCAUUAAUUCUAUCCCUAUAUAAGAAAGAAGCAGAUAAACCAACUUUAAUAUACAACACAUUUGCAUUUAUAGUUUUUUUUAUAAACAAAAAGUCCAACACAGUUCAUGUCAUUUGCAUCAACUUUUUACUGACCCUUCCACCUGAGAGAAGUGAUGGGGUUCAUCUGCAAAAUAUGGGUAAGUUAUGGAACACAGUGAGUGAGACUGUCUUUCAAAAUGAAGAAUUGAGAGGUCAAAAUAGAAAAGAACCAACUCACAUUUUAAAUGUGAUGAUUCCACUAAUGAAUAGUCCAAGAUAUUUGCCAAUUAUUCUCAACUGCCAGAAAACAUAAUUUCUUUUCAAUGCACACAUGAUAUUGAAUAAUUUAGAUCCAUCAUAUUUGAUCUUUUUUUGGUAUCCUUCAGUCAUUGUUCAUAAGGUGACUUUUUAACUGAAGUUUGUGAUGUAAUACGUAGCCAUUGUUCAAAUCAAUAUCUUUGACUUCUGCAUUAUAGAACAGAAAUUUUAAAAUCUUUUGAAAUUCGUGUUUCGGGUUUUUGUACAUGGUAACCAGCCAAUUGUGAAACUUGACUGCACAUAAUUGUAUUACUUAGAACAAAUGUUUUGCAACCACCUUUAAAAGAUGUUACACAUUUCAGUAUUUUUACAAUGUCUUCUUUAGAAUGUGUGAAUAUUUGUCAGGUUCAGAUGAAUUAUGUAACAAUGAAACCUCAAGCUGUUAUGAAGUGUACAGUUUAUGAUUACUUUUGUAAAAGAAAAUGGAAAAGCACUUGAAAUAUAAUUUUACUGUUUCCUAUGUAUUUUGAAAAAUAAAUAAAGUGAUUAUAAAUUA